GCCCCACCGGCGCGCGGCGCUGACAUGUGGUGAAGUUGAGCGCUUGCAAGGAACCAAACAAGUAACACACAAGGGACCACUCUCCAACAAGCCCAACGCAUCACCUCCUUACUACGCGAGGCUUCUCCUCCCGAACAGCCCGGGGAACAGCAACGCACUGAAGCAUGGCUGCUCUUUCAGCCUGGUUUUGGAACGAGAGGUUCUGGCUGCCACACAACGUAACCUGGGCGGAUCUGGCGGAUCCCGCUCCCGGGGUGGAGUAUCCCAAAGCCGGACACUUGUUGGCUGCUUUGCCGCUCGCUUUGGGCAUAUUUGCCGUCAGGAUAGUCUUCGAAAGAUUUAUCGCCACUGCCUGUGCCCGAAGCCUCCGCAUCCAUCCGGGCGUUGGCCGACGGGCUCAGCCCAACGCCGUGCUGGAGAAAGUGUUUACAUCCAUUACAAAGAGCCCUGACUCGCGCCAUCUGGAUGGCCUCUCGAAGCAGCUGGACUGGGAGGUGCGGAAGGUCCAGCGCUGGUUCAGACACCGCAGGAAUCAAGAUAAACCCAGCACGCACACAAAGUUCUGCGAGAGCAUGUGGAGAUUUACAUUUUAUUUGGGUAUAUUUACUUAUGGGUUCCAGUUUCUGUGGCAGUCUCCUUGGAUGUGGGACACAAGGCAUUGUUGGUACGGUUACCCUUAUCAGAUCAUGACUCGGGGUCUUUAUCACUACUAUGUGACAGAACUGGCCUUCUACUGGUCGCUCAUGUUCUCCCAGUUCACCGAUAUAAAGAGGAAGGACUUCCUGAUCAUGUUCAUUCAUCACUUGGCAACAGUGGGCCUGAUCAGCUUCUCUUACGUCAACAACAUGGCGCGAGUGGGGAGCCUCGUGCUGUGCGUCCACGAUGCCUCUGAUUUCCUGCUAGAGGCUGCCAAGCUGGCCAACUAUGCCAAGUCCCAGCGCCUGUGUGACUUCCUUUUCAUUUCGUUUAGUGUGGUUUUCUUCAUCACAAGACUCGUUAUAUUUCCAAUCUGGGUGCUGAACUCCACCAUGUUUGAAAGCUGGGCCAUAGUGGGGCCGUUUCCGUCCUGGUGGCUUUUCAACGUCUUGCUGCUGGUCCUUCAAGUGCUGCACAUCUUCUGGUCGUACCUCAUAGCCCGUAUAGCCCUUAAAGCCGUGCUGCGAGGCAAGGUGUGCAACGAUGUACGCAGCGACAUCGAGAGCAGCUCGGAGGAAGAGCCCGACUCGGCCAGAGACGGCCUGCGGACCUGCCCUCACACCCCCAAAGGAGAAAACGGCGUGAACGGUCACGCCACGGUCAGGGCCCGGACGCAGAACCACAGCGGCUGGUGACGCCCGGCCCCAGCCGAGCACACGCACACAUCACGCCGACAGCUGCCGCGCACACUGUCCUGUUUCUGAACUGACCAAGGACGCGCGGAACUCCAGAGGCGACUCGGACCAGCCGAAGCAACGGGAAUCUAUUCGAAAUGUGAUUUUUAAAAAGCCUCAUUUUACAAAAUGUUGGGAUUUAUCUCAUGCAGAGUACCAGUUUCAAUGUUCUCUCCCAGUUUUAUUGGUCAGUUGAACUUGGAUCGUUAUUUUGUCGAUGGGCUCGUUGACUCUGGACGGCACAAAGCUGACGUUCCACAGCAGACUUCACGCAAAACAGGAAAAAUAAUGAAGUGUGGUUUCAGCCGUGGUUUGACCAGUUCCUUUGAGUAGAAAGAGGUUUGGAGCCCAUUGUAGUUUUAUUGUGGAUAUUCCCUUCACUACUUUUAUUAUGGCUACUUUGUCACUUGUUUUACUGUUUUUACUUCUGAAACCAAUUGUUUGUCACUGCCUGUACAGGAAUCCCAGUAUGAGGACCCUGACAAAAGUCUGUCAUGUUCUCACGUGAGUGCCUUGUACAAAUGUAAUUUCAAAUAUAUUCUGUUGUUGAAGGUUGCCUCUCUUUUAACAAAAGAAAUCCUGUUAAGAAAUACGAUCAAACUAAUGUGGUUGAAG